AUGGGGCUCUUCUCAAACCCGCUGCGGUCUCGCGAGAACCGCAGUAACAGACUACCAAAGUACGAGCAAUUGAGUCCUCUACGGAACAAGGAGCGCCUCUCAGAUGACGACGACGACUACUACUCCGACGAAGAUUCGGAAGACUACUCUACCACAUCCUCGCCGAGCGCGAGGAGCUCAAGACAGACUUCCUCCUCUCUCUCCAGCGCCGCCAUGAUGCUGCCGAAACGAGCCCUCGCGACUGCCCGCCGGCCGCGAACCCAUCUGUACAGGUUGCCCAACCGCAUUAUUCGAUACCUCUGCUUUGGACUGCUUACCUUCAUGUUGGUCAUGAUCAUGUCCUUGGCGCGCGCCAGCCACGUCGAGAACAAGAUGAUCAUGGAGGGCAAGUUGGAAAAGAAACCAGACCCCCCUCCCGUGUGGGAGUCCUUCAACUUCCUCCAAAGGUACUACGGCGGCAUCAGGUCAAUCGCACCUCCGGGCAAGUACAUUCCAACCUACCCCCGAUCCGAGGACGAGACUCCUCUGGAUCAGCUCGACAUCAACACCACGGCCACCGCGACAAGCGAGGACGGCAUCGAUGACGCCAUCAGGCGAGCCCUGCCCAAGAGCAAGAUGUUCCUCGACCACCCCGACGCCAUCUUCAACAAGAAGCCCGAGAAGAUCACCGAGUGCUUCGUCGACAAGGAGAAUAAGGUUCGCGUUCCGCCAAUUCGAUACUUUGACGGACGUCCCCAAGGAUUCCCUCAGCACGUCGAAGGAUCCUACGAGCUCCUGAACCUUCCUGAGAACAUCUGCUACGAACGUUUCGGACGCUACGGUCCCUACGGCUUCGGAUACUCUGUUCCCGCCGGUGGCCUUGGCGUCGGUGAGCAUGGCGAAAAGGAAGGCUCUGAGGAUGUUUGGGAGCAGGCUCCGAAGGUCGAUUGGCGCAAGGUCAACUGGGCUGACGCUCAGCAACGUUGCUACCAGUCCAACGCACAGAGGUUCAAGCCGAUGCCGCCCAAGACCCCGACCGCGCGCGGUUUCUACAUCGACGAGCCCCUUCAAAAUGCCACCUUGGUCGCCCGUGAUCCCCUCGAGAACCUGGAGCCCACCGCUAAGCCUGCUCAAGACGGCAAGACCGAGCAGAAGGCGGAUGGCAAGCCCGCCAGCGAGGAGCCCAAGACCGAGGAGAAGGGUGCCCGCACCGCAGUCGUGAUCCGAGUUUGGGACGAAUACCUGUGGCGCGAGGACGACAUUAUGAACGUUCGCUCCGUCAUCUCUGAGCUGGCUCUUGCCUCCGGUGGUCGUUACGACAUCCACCUCCUCGUCCAGAUCAAGAACGACGCUGCGCACCCUGUGUUCGCCGACCACGAAGUCUAUGAGCGCCGCAUUCGAGAGCGCAUUCCUGAAGAGUUCCGCGGUCUGGUCACGUUGUGGACCGAGACGCAGAUGCUGUCACUCUACCAGGGACUCUUCGACUUGUUCACCCGUGGUCCUGACCUGCCCGUCCACGGUGUUUACCGCGGUCUCUCCAUGGCUAUGCAAUACUUCGCGUACCAGCACCCCGAGUACGAGUACUACUGGUCUUGGGAGAUGGAUAUUCGCUACACUGGACACUACUACGACCUCUUCAGCAAGAUGGAGAACUGGGCCAAGGAGCAGCCCAGAAAGGGGCUUUGGGAGCGCAACGCCCGUUUCUACUUCCCCAACGUUCACGGCACAUGGGAAGACUUCCGGCAGAUGUCUCGCGUCCAGUCCGAGAUGGGUACCGACGGAGCAGACAACAUGUGGAAGAACAUUCCCGGCGGCAAGGGCAAGGAGAACAAGGACCCCACACAAGUCACUAGAGGGGAGAAGACCAUCUGGGGUCCGGAACGUCCCGUCAACGAGGAGGACUGGUUCGAAAUCGAAAAGGACCCGAAGCCCCCUACCAGCUACGAGAAGGACAAGUACAAGUGGGGAGUCGGUGAGGAAGCUGACCUCAUUUCGUUCAACCCCAUCUUCGAUCCGGAGGGAACCACUUGGCUCCUCUCGGAGGAUAUCACUGGAUACAACAAGAACAACCGCGACGAGCGCAUGCCGCCGAGACGAGCCCACAUCAUCACGGCGUCCCGUCUUUCCCGUCGUCUCCUGAUGACGAUGCACCGCGAGACCGCCUUCAAGAAGCACUUCGCUUUCCCCGAGAUGUGGCCUGCGACCGUCGCCUUCCAGCAUGGCUACAAGGCCGUGUUCGCCCCUCACCCCAUGUACGUGGACAGAGAAUGGCCCACGGAGUACAUGGACAAGGUCCUCAACGGCGGUAAGAACGGCGCUAGUGGUGGUUCUCGCACUGCUGUCUUUGGCCAGCGCGAGCACAACCUGCGUGGUCUUUCCUGGUUCUACAACUCUGGCUUCGCCCCGAACUUGUACCGCAGAUGGCUCGGCCUCAGGGUCAACAACGACGGUGGCGAGGAAUUCGAGCUGAACGAGGACACGACUAAGGACGGUUCUUCCGUUGGACAGAUGCGUGGCGGCGAGGGUCGCAUGUGCCUCCCGCCCAUGCUUAUCCAUCCCGUCAAGGGAGUCGAGUUGCCUGUGGAGGUGAUACCCGAGGAAGUGAAGGACACAAACGUCCCGGAGUCUGAUCCGAAUGCAUGA